CGACGAACACAAACUCACAGAAACUCACAGGGGGGACGCAUGCCGCCGUCAUCAUAUCAGUUCAUCCCCCCUGUCUGCCCCACGUCCCCACAGGGUUUGCACUGGAACCACCGCCACCCAUACCACCACCAGCCCCCUCCGGCUUGAGCACCUCGUCGUGUGGCGCUGGGCUGAAGGUGGUCGUGGCGAUGUACGAGAUGUUCAAAUGGGGGUCGUACAAGACGGGCGACUGGAUGAAGGCGAAAGGCUCCCCCGUCACCAGUGGCGGCUUGGUGCCGCCCCCUCCACCUGGCGUCGCCCCGAGCCCCCCAACGGCACUCCCAGGCAGCCCAGCGCCCGACGGCGAGCUCCCUCCCGCCGCACCGGCCCGAGUGCCGAAGAUGCGCCCCUGGAGCAGUGUGAUGUACUUGACGAGGUCGUUGUUCCUCAUUUCGAGUUCGACGAUGCGUCUGUCCUUCAUUUCGCACCGCUCGCAGUAGAUGUCAAAGCACUCGAAGCAGCCGGGCUUGCCGCACACCGUCUCGCGCUUCGGAAUGAACUUAUAGCCCGGCGGGGGCACCAUGAGCAUCGAGUCGUCGUGAUUGAGCGGGUCGGCAUUCUGCCCUCUGUCGGCUCUUCGCGGGGCGCGCGCCAUCCUGACUUGUGGUCAGGGUCGGUGGGGCCGAUUGAAAGACAGUGGAAGGCGGUGCCGAGCGGCUGUAAUCGGCUGCAGGCGCUGCGCCCUGGCUCACCAGCCUGCCAGGAAA